CUGUUCCUCCCAGAUGGAGUCACUGUAGAGGUGGUCGUGGCGAACCAAGUCAAUGCAGGGCACAUGUUUCUACAGCAGCAUACACACCCCACUUUCCAUGUCCUGCGUAGCCUUGACCAGCAGAUGUACGCCUGCUAUUCCCAACCUGAAAUUCCAACCCUGCCAACUCCAGUGGAAGUUGGUAUUAUCUGUGCAGCUCCAGGCCUGGAUGGGGCAUGGUUACGGGCUCAAGUUAUUAGCUACUUUGAGGAGACCAGUGAAGUGGAGCUCAGAUAUGUGGACUAUGGAGGAUACGACAAAGUGAAGGUCGACACACUCAGACAAAUCAGGUCUGAUUUUCUAUCACUACCUUUCCAAGGAGCAGAAGUUUUACUAGACAACGUGGUGCCACUUCCAGAUGAGGAUCACUUUUCACCCGAAGCCGACGCCGCUGUUAGUGAGAUGACCAGAGGUGCAGUCCUAGUGGCACAGGUCACCAAUUAUGACGGUGCAACAGGUCUGCCACUGAUACAGCUGUGGAACUUGAUGGGAGAUGAGGUGGUGUCGAUAAACAGAACUCUGGUGGAAAGAGGAUUUGCUCAGUGGCUUGACUACUAGCAAUGUCCUAAAUGCCUUGACAACUCUUUCUACAGAGAAAAACAGAAGAAGAAAUCUUAUUUUGCACUGUUACAAUUUGGUUUGGCAACUUCUCAUAAGAAGACUUGUUUACACCUGUGUGCGGAGUUUUGUCGUCCAUUGAAACUUGUCUUGCUCAACUGUUACCAUUUCACUAGAAACACAUACCUCAUCUCAGUGAAAGGCGGGGUGUUAAAAGCCAUAAUGACAGAUACUGUAGCUUUAAAGCAAAAAAAUCCUCCCUGGCCUCUACUCAAAAGUUGAAUGGAAAAAACCUUAAACCCUUGGAGCUUGCCUGAAGCUACCAAAUACCCGAGAAACACUAACUGUGGUUGCAUUUUUGUUCAAGAUGUAUAAUGCCCCAUGAACUUAGUGUCUGCUUUUCCUAAAAGUUACAUCGGUUGUCCUUUUUUAACAGGCUCUGCCUUUGAAAUUAAUGAAUGUUAUUAAGGAAUUUAAUGUUCAGUUAUGGAUUUUUCUAUUUUGUGCCACUAACCUGCACAAACAACAUUC